AUGGACGACGGCCAGAGCCCGAUCGAUCCGGACGCGACACUUCAGCUGGAAGCCUGGCUCCCCUACCGGCUUUUCCGCAUUUCCGCCCGCGUUGCGGAUGUCCUCAACGCGUUUUACGGACCCAGGUUCGGCCUGUCCCGGUCCGCAUGGCGCACGAUGGCGAUCAUCGCGAACCGGCCCGGCGUCAGUGCCAAGGAAAUCUGUCAGGCUGGCGGCCUUGACCAGUUCGCGGUGUCGCGCGCGGUCAAGCAAUUGGUGGAACUGGGCUUCGCCCAACGCCAGACUGGCCGCUCCGACCGGCGAUAUGCCGCAAUCGAGCUCUCGGAGACCGGCUGGGCCGCCUUCAGCGAGAUCUCCGGACUUGCGGAACGUCUCGAAACCGAGCUGGUCCAUGCGGUCUCGCAGGAGGAGCUGGACGUCUUGAACGGCAUACUGGCCAAACUUGACGACGCCAGCGCGGGAAUUCUGGCGCGCGGAUGGCGUGGCGUCAGGGAAGCGCCCGAGGCGCAAGAGCCGAAAUCCGAAGCUUGA